AUGGCAUCAUCUUCAUGGGAAAAAUGGCCCGAUCAUGUGCGGGAUAAGUGGCGUGAUGAUUUGAGAGAUAUAGAUUUUUGGUUUAAUGGAUACCGUAAAACGAAGGCAUACAUUGAGUUGGUCAAUCAACUGGCUUGGGGUCAUUAUGCUCGUUGGAAUGUUGGGGUGGGGCCCAUGGCUUCAUUCACACGAGCCAUGUCAGGCAUGGCCGUGGAGGGAAUCCUUGAGCACCGAGGAGAAUUCAAACACGUGAUAAAGGUGGAUGUGAAGCCCACAGCAACGGCAAAGGAAGCCCAAGGAAGAGGCUUCAUGAGCACCAAGUACCAGCUGGCCGUCGCUGCAGCAAAGGAGCUCGGCCUGCUCGACCAGAAAUACAACAGGCUCAAGGAAGAGCAUGACCAGCUACACUACUACACCUACGGGUGCUAUGAUGGCAAUACCUCUGAAUAUUUGGCGAGUCACGUGAGGUACACUAUAGUUCCUCAGAUCAUCAAACAGUUGGCAGUCGAGAGGUACUUGCUAGCGGUUGAGAACCUCCAGUGGCCAAUUGAGCCUGGCAGUAUUGCACGGGAUUGCGGGCUUCCUUUUCCCGAGUGGGCAAAUUCUUUUUGGCUCAUGUCGACCACUUCUCAUUAUUCCUAUAACAAGAGCAAGUCAGAAGGCGAUGAAGUUAUAUCCAUUGACAAAGAUGAACAGGUUGUGGUGCUUACCUUCUAUGCACUGCAUCGAUCGGCAGAGCACAUAUUCAGCAUGAUCCGCCAAGAAACCAAGGAGUACUGGCAUCGCAUAGCCCUGCAAUGCUUCCACUAUGCAAUGGCAAUCUUUGCCAAACAUUCACAAGUGGUAGCUAUGACCUCGGACGAGCUCAUCCACCAGUGGGCCGCCCAGGGCAUCUUGCCACAUAUGGUCAUCAAAGAAGAAGAAGAAGAAACCAGCACCAUCAGCAGCAAGUGUUCCUAUGUGCAUCAAGUUGGAAGGGUCAUCCAUAAAGCGUUUCAGAAAUACUCUUUGUUACAGCUACCUUUUUCUCCUGCUAAUGAUGCUAAUGAAGCGACCAGUACCGGCGCACAAUUCUUAGCAUACCAUGGGCUCAUUGCAGAAGGCAUCACAGUUGAUGAACUCUUUGAUGACAAGAAGAAAUGGAUUUCAUUCAGCAGUGACCAUGUAUGUCAUGUAAGCCAAGAAUGGCUGAGCCCAGAGGAAACAAAGGGGGCAGCUGCACUUAUUCUAAGAAGCUGCUCGGAUCAAUCGCCAAUUCUUUCAAAGCUGGACAAUUUCUUGCCCAAACUUUGUUUUCUUCGUGUUCUCGAUCUCUCCUACACUCCAAUAAAAGCACUCUCUUCUUCCAUUGGCUGUCUACGAAACCUUCGGUUGCUCUCACUAAGAGGAUGCCUUGAUUUGAAAAAUCUUUCCAGCUCAUCACCAAAUACUACUUCAUCAUCACCAUUGUCCACUCUAUGCCAACUUGAAAUUCUUGAUACAAAUGGAGUUCCUUUUUCUCAUCUAACAGAAGAUGUGGCGAACAAAAAGAGCAAUUUGAUACACCUCGACAUGUCUUAUUCUGAAAUAACUAGUUUCCCUCUUACCUUUUUCCGAGACAUGACAAGUCUGGAAGACCUUAUCCUUGUCAACUGCUCCAACCUUGUGGAGCUACCUACUUCCAUGGCUUUGCUAUAUGGCCUAACGUCUCUUGAGGUCACAGGAACUCAAAUAAAAUACUUUCCGCACAAGGUAUUUGAAGAAACACAAAAUCUACAAUCUCUCAAGCUCAUUGACAACAAGGAAUUAAUUUCACUCACAGGACCAAUCUCUAGAGUUCAUGAAAUCAAAUUGGAAGGGCAUCCUAACCUUAUAUCAUUCUUGCUGAUUGGUGCACCUCGCAUAAGGCACUUGUCUCUGCGUGGAUGCAUAAAACUUGAGUCCAUCAAGUUCAAGAAUCUGGAUGCUUUGGAGGAGCUUGAUUUAUCUGGUACAUCUAUUGCUGAUCUCCCGGCUGAUAUCAUUAAUUCCACCCGGCUUAGGCGAUUGCUCUUACUGGGUGUUUCUUCUCUGAGGCGAUUUCCUUGGCAUAGGCUGGUGCAACUCCCGGAUGUGUUUUACUUGGAUCAUUGUUCAGAAGGAAAUACAAAUCACUCUAAUCAAGUUACCCAAUUGUGUGUUACUGGCCCCAUGUUCUUCCUUAGCUUCCGUGACACUGUUGUGGAUUUAGUCAGAGCUGGACGGUUUUUCCAAUCAUUCUAUGUUCAAGUGGCACCAUACAUUACAAAUAGCAGACGUCAAGAAGAUGAAGAAGACAUGCUAGAUUGCAAGUUGCAGGAGUUGCUGCAGAAUCAAUCAACAUAUCUGGAUGUAUAUAGUAGCCGUUUUGCAAAGGAAAUUGCAAUUUCAUCGCCCAUUACAGUCCCCCUUCACCGGACUGAGCGUCAUGUAGACAUCACAAGGAUGCAAGAGAUACAUGAUGGUUUAUAUGGUCUCCUAAACGUCACCAAAUCAGCAUCAGUGAUAUGUGAUACUUCGAUCUGGAUUUUUUCUUUCUUGAGCAGCUUCAUGGAGCUAGAAGAAUGUGAACUUCGUUGGUGCCAUAAAAUGAAAGGAAUUGUAUUUGACAAUCAAGGCUCGAAAAAGCUACGCAAUAUGCAUAUCUGUAAUCUCAACGGGCUAGUUUGGUUCUGUUCAGAGUAUAUUUCCUGUGAUUUCCGUGGACUAGAGCACCUGCACUUAGAGGACUGCCCAAGAUUGGAGCACGUGGUACCACAUGGAACAUCUUUACCAUGUCUGAAGACACUUGACAUCUUGUUCUGCUACAACCUUAAGACAAUUUUCAUCAGCAAUGAUACGCAUGAUGAAACUUAUCAGCUCCCAAGCCUCCAAAGAAUACGCCUCCAAGAGGUGCCACUGCUCCUGCACUUCCAUGACAAGGACGCCACCAUGACAGCACCGAUGUGGAAGGAGCUCCACAUCCGAGGGUGUUGGAGCCUCCGAUGCCUCCCGCGCCUACAAGGAUGCCAUCCUGAGAUGGUGAAGGUUAACGGAGAGAGGAGCUGGUGGAGCAAGCUCCAGUGGGGCUCAGCCGUGCACCGCGACAACUACGACCCCAAGCUUCCCCUGGAAUUCGCCUCCUUUGAUCAGUCUGCCGAGAUGAGCAGCUACCUCAGAUGA